UGUCGCGUUCUUUUCCCGGCCCUCAGGCGAGGAAGGCACCUGAAGGGGCCGCGGCGCCCAGAGGGGUGGGAGGGAAAUGAAGCCUUUCAGGGAGGCUUUCAAGAGGAAGAGCUAAUAAAUUUCUCUGAAGUUGAUACAAGCUUCUCUGGGAAAAAGAGCGGGGCCUGGAGAGCCUGUGAUAGAGAGCAGCUGUUUUCAGAUACUUGCAUUAAAUCUCAGACGUGCUUUCCUGCCAGCUACUGCAGUGCAGAAGAUUAACAGACAUGUCCAUAGCACUCAAGCAAGUCUUUAAUAAGGAUAAGACUUUCCGCCCAAAACGCAAAUUUGAACCUGGAACCCAGAGGUUUGAACUUCACAAACGAGCGCAAGCAACUCUCAACUCAGGCGUGGACUUGAAAGCAGCUGUGCAGUUGCCCAGUGGAGAAGACCAGAAUGACUGGGUGGCUGUUCAUGUUGUCGACUUCUUCAAUAGAAUCAACCUCAUUUAUGGAACUAUCUGUGAGUUCUGCACGGAGAGGACCUGCCCAGUGAUGUCUGGAGGCCCCAAGUAUGAGUACCGGUGGCAGGAUGACUUGAAGUACAAGAAGCCCACAGCAUUGCCAGCACCCCAAUAUAUGAAUCUUCUCAUGGACUGGAUCGAGGUGCAAAUCAACAAUGAGGAUAUAUUUCCUACAAGAGUAGGUGUUCCCUUUCCAAAGAACUUUCUCCAGAUCUGCAAGAAGAUACUCUGUCGUCUUUUUCGGGUGUUUGUUCAUGUCUACAUCCAUCACUUCGACCGUAUCAUCCUUAUGAGGGCUGAGGCCCAUGUCAACACCUGUUACAAGCAUUUUUAUUAUUUUGUGACAGAGCUCAACCUCAUAGACCGCAAAGAACUAGAGCCUUUGAAAGAGAUGACAACCAGGAUGUGUCACUAAAAACUACCCACUGAAUAAAAGCAAAGUCCAAUUUCCUUCCUACCGCAGAGUUCAAGAAUAUGACAGCCCUCAUGGACUGAGCCUGCUUCUUAAUCCCUGAAUGCAGGAAAGUUGGAAGCCACAGUUACUGUCACAAAUGCUUCUCUCCGGUGUCAAUGAUGUUAACCCUAAAUAGGCUGCUAGGAACCUCAUCUGAGCAACAUGGAUUAUUGAGAAAAAGAAGAAUCAUAUCAGUUCUAGCUCCUUUAUCAGGGAUAACAACCUCUUCAGCCACAAAAAAUGGCAGACAGGGCCCCUGCUGCUAAAGAUUUACUGAAAUUCAGGUCCUUGGGCUGACCUCCAGACUUGCUGUUUUGAAAUUAAAUCUGCAAUUUUGCUUUCUUUUUCUUUUGUUUCUUGGUAUGUGCUUUCUUUCCUAACUGCAACAGACUAUGAAGAGGGUCUGGAAUCAAAGAAGACUUAGCCUUUAAUGCCGCCUACCCCACUCCAGGCCACCCAAAGCUUGGCCACCAUUCCCAAAUACUAGCAAGCCUUGUGUUUCUGGGAAGACAGCCAUAUCCUUCAGCUGAACAGGCAGUUUAUGCUUCAUUGUGACUUGUAAUUUAAUGACAAUGGAAGGGUUUCUGAUCUCAACUACAUGAACAGGGACCCAGAUAUAGCUCUGCAGUGCUGAGGUAUUUUCCUUGAAUUCAUGCUGUGACUGACAGCAAAUGUUCUCAGUAUCUCUAUAUUACAU